CAAUAUUAUUCUCGGAGUUGGCAGAGGACGUUACGCUCACGGUCGAUCUCAAAUUUUUAUCCCGUGCUGAAAUAAACAGUCGUGAAACUAGGCCAUGGCGAAUGAUAUUCUAUUUUAUUCGCUGUCCUUACGUGCUUCAUGAAAUAAAUAUCAAAGUAUUAACAUAGAAAAACGUGCUCAAAAUGGAAAUCGUGAAUAUUGAAGACGGCCAAGCCGACCCGACAGCGGUAACGCGAAAGAAAAGUUUCUGGGCUAAAAUAAAUAAUAGAACCACAUACAGUUACUUAGUUAACAUUGUUAUUUCGAUUAUACUAUUAACAUGUUUAGUUUUAAUAUUAUACUUCUUCAAAGAGUAUUUAAAGACAAUUUUAUAUUGGGUGGACGCGCAGGAUCCGAGAAUAAUAUUCCUUCUAUUUAUGGGAUUGUUUUUAAUAGUUAGUUUUCCAGUGACUAUUGGAUAUUUAGUGUUGAUAAUAACAAGUGGUUAUUUGUUCGGUAUCGUGAAAGGUUUAGGAACCGUCGUAGUGAGUGCAAAUUUCGGAGUAGCCGUGGCGCAUUUUACUCUCAAAAUGUUGAGAGCAUAUCUGCCUCUCGAUCGCCUGUUGAAGUCCGAUACAGCAAGGGCUCUCCUGAAAGUGAUCUCAGGUCCUCAAGCGUUCAAGAUCGUGUUUUUCGCGAGAUUAACGCCCAUACCAUUUGGGUUGCAGAACACAAUAUUCGCUGUGAGCGAUGUCCGCGGCUGCGGCUACCACAUAGCUACAUUGCUGGGUCUGCUCCCGGCGCAAGUGAUCAACGUGUACCUCGGCUCAACAUUGCGGUCGAUGCACGACGUGCUGCACGAGUCGCACGUCACGGGAUACGUGGUGUUCGCUUUUCAGAUACUAAUCGGUAUCACGCUCAUGGUGUGGGUGGUGCAAAAGGCGCGCAAGGAGCUCACGAUCGCCAUCAUGGCGGCCGAGCUCGGCAGGGACACGCUGUCGACGACCAGCAGCUCGUCCAGCUAGCCCACGGCCCACACCUCAGAGGUGGAGAGCGCCGACAGCUAGGGACGCGCCCCGGGGUGCUUCGCCCCGAUAGAGACAUAUGUGUGAACUGUGAUAUUAUGUUUAGUCUGUGGCGGGAGAACGCUGGAGCACGGAUGACAGCUGUCACUUUUGACGUUUAGUUUUUUUUAAGUUUUGGCUGUUCUGCUGGUCAGCUGUCAAAUGUGUUAUGAUGUGUGAGUGCAAUUUUUGUUUGUCGUAUGAGUUGCAAGUAAGAAUGCAAUAUAUUGUCUCAGUUUUAAGGUUUAAAAUCUUGGUAUUUGUGUGGAAUUUUAGACGAAGACUUAAUUGCCACUAAAAUAUAAUAUUAUACAACA